GAGGAGGAGGAGGAGGAGGAGGAGGAGGGAGAGGAGGGAGGAAGGGGCGGCGAUGCCGGGCGGCUCAGCCUCCCCUCUGCCCCCCCGCCGGGCAGGGCGCGCCCGCGGAGCGCACGGAGGGACCCGCACCGGCUGCUCAGAGGCUGAAGUCACCGGCACGCUUGUCCCCGGGCUUUUUCCCCGACGCAGAGAAUGCGGGGAUGCCCGUAAAGGGGAUUUGGGGGAGCAGAGCCACCCCGUGCCGCCGCCACGGUGCCGCAUGAGACCGGACAACUCGUCGCACGGCUCCGGCCCACCUGCCAUUUCCACGAUGCUCCCCGGGAAAGCGGAGAAGAGGAUGGCUUCGUCCGUGUUCAUCACCCUGGUGCCCCCGCGGAGGGAGGCGGCCACCAAGGAACGGCCCCAACCGGGGGUGUCACCCCCCAUCCCCGAGGGCACCCAUCGCCCCCGGGCAUCCCUGCCACAGCCCCUGGCUUUGCCCAACGGAGAAAGCUGCCCUCGGUCCCCACCAGCGCCCGUGCCUUCGUCCUCACCGGUCCUCAUCCUCUCCGAAGUGCCCCUGCCCUUGUCCGCGGAGGCGCUGGGUCCGGCGCUGCAGCAGCUGGACCUCGCAGCACCUGCCACCCUGCAGGCUCCUUCUGCCUUCCCUGCUGAGCUGAGGCCGCCCAAAUUUUGCCAGGAGCAAGCAGACAAGCCGCCGUGGCAGGAUGCGAACGGGCACCUGGAGAGGGAUGGCUCCAGAGACAUCUGCGCCUUCUGCCACAAAGCCGUGGGCCCGCGGGAGCCGACGGUGGAGGCGAUGCGGAAGCAGUACCACGCCGACUGCUUCACCUGCCGCACCUGCCACCAGCGCCUGGCCGGGCAGCGCUACUACCAAAGGGACGGGCGCCCCACGUGCGACACCUGCUACCAGGCCACGCUGGAGAAAUGCGCCAAGUGCCAGGGGCUGAUCUCGGAGCGCAUCGUGCGUGCCAUGGGCAAGGGCUUCCACCCCAGCUGCUUCGUCUGCACCGCCUGCGGCCAGGCCAUCGGCACCGAGAGCUUUGCCGUGGAUGAGCGGGACGAGGUGUACUGCGUGGCUGACUUCUACAGGAAAUAUGCCCCGGUGUGCGGUGCCUGCAAGCUCCCCAUCAUCCCCAGUGAGGACCAGGACACCUACAAGAUCGAGUGCCUGGGACGCAGCUUUCAUGAGAGCUGCUACCGCUGCGAGAGCUGUGGGACACCCCUGUCGCCGGAGCCGACGGAGGAUGGGUGCUACCCCCUGGGCCAGCACCUCCUCUGCAAGUCCUGCCACGUCCGCCGGCGGAACGAGUCCUCCUGCUAAAAACCCCCGCUUGUCCCACGAUGUCCCCGCAGGGAGCGGUGGGACCAGUGUUUUCAUCGCCACAACGGGCCGGGACCCUGUCCCUCAGCCCUCUUCCCAACUGCUCAUUGCGAACAGAAAAAGCCCUGGAAGAGCAGCAGUGGUGGGCGAGCUGAGGUUUCUUUUGCUUUUUUUUUAAAAAAAAAAAACUCUUCUGAGGCCGGUUUGGUUUCCUUGGUGUUUUUCUUUCUUCUUGAGCUUCCUUGGGGUUUCAUUUAAACGUUUCUCUCUGGGGUGAUGCAGAGAGCAGCACUGAUUUAGUUCCUUGUAGUUAAAUAAAACCCCAAACUAAAAAUGUA